AUGCCACCCCCCGAGCUUCUCAUUGCCGACAACCAUGUUCGAGGCAACAGCCCUAUAAUCAUUCCUCCUAAAAUGUCGGCACCGUCUGAAGAGACCCCCCGGCAACUUUCACGUCCCUCAUCUGAAGACAGCGGCUUCAACUUUGAUAUUAAGUCGCAACACGAAGUUGGUUCAUUACGCAGCGAUGGCCCUCCAAGCUCUUCCAGCAGCAGUAGCCGCUUUUUUCGCGAAAACCUCAACCUUUCGGCUGGCGACGGCAAGAGGUCCAACUCGACGAGUCCCUUUCGUCUCUCAAUGCCAUACAUCACCCCGGGCCAGCUCGCUUUCUCUGCCAUGCAAUACUUACCUAUACCGAUGUUAGUCUUAAAUAACUUGAAGACCGUAGUGCUUGCAAACGAAGCCAUGGGCAGAAUGCUCGGUAUGAGCACCGAUGCCGCCUGCGACGAUAGCAACGUCUUUGUUGCCGAUCGGUUGAGGGGGCAGUCCCUCUCUCAAGUGGGAAUCGACAUGAUUCAAGAAGGACGCCCGGUUUGGAUCAGCUGGGAGGCUUUCCUCGAUUCUCUUGUACUCGAGAUGGGCGCAAGGCAAACUUCAAAAGAUGCUGCCGAUGUAUUCGGUCAAGGUGGAGAAGCCACCCCGACUCCCGAUUCUCUGGCCCCGCCAUUUCCGGAUCAGUCACCGACGAUUCCCGCUGUUAAGGAUGCCGUAGUGGAUGUCAUCAUCACAAGACGAGAGAUGGCAAAGCCUGGGUUUGACCCGAGAAACAAAACCUGGGCUUCGGAACACCAAGUCUAUGCCAAGAUGAUUGUAACAAUAUGGGAGAUCGAAGACCAUCAGGUCUACUUCACACUCACCUUCACGAGUUCUCAGUCACCACCUUCCGGCCUCGUUCCCAACCGCAAAUCUGUGGCGAGAACAAACAUCCUAGAGCAAGCAGAUCGCAAGACGAUAUCCAACUCGAACCCACCAUCGGUCAGCUCCAGCCACGACUCGAGUUCGCCAUCCUUUCGUGUCAGUCCGAGCGCGGUAUCGCUCUCCUCAAGUCCGUUUCCGCCCAUGGGCCCACCGUCAACGGCAGCUCAUGCCAGUACACCCUCAAUUUUACAGAAGAUGAUGUUGAUGAAGGAUGCACUCCUUGACAACACUACCAUGCCAAUCCUUGCGAUGUGGAAAGAUGGGAGCGUGACGUUUCCAAACAAGGCAGCCCGCGAUCUUCUGCGUCAGGAUAGUGAUCUAGAAAAAUCGAACGACGGCUUCGAUCUCCUCCCAAGCUGGACUUUGUAUGACUCGGAGUUCACCAGACAGUUGGAUGUUCAAGAAUAUCCCAUCUCAGUCCUCCUUCGAACCGAAACACCAUUCACAAAUAUGUUUGUUGGGAUGAUCGAUCAGAACGGGAAGAGACAUGUUUAUGAUGCCCUUGGUGAAGCCAUUAGGGACGACAGUACUGGCGAGUUCUUGGCUGGUGUUGUCACUUUCCGGGACGUCACGAAGAUGUCUGAAGAGAUUACCGAGAUCAAGGAACGGGACGAGGAGCGGUUCAAGCUAAUUUGCGAUACGAUGCCCCAAUUGGUCUGGACAACAAGACCGGACGGUUAUCAUGAUUUUUUCAACACCCGUUGGUAUACAUAUACGGGUCUUACGCCUGAGGAGUCCUUGGGCCUUGGGUGGAAACACCCCUUCCACCCGGACGAUAUGCCCGAAACUGCGAAGAGAUGGAAGCACUCCUUGGCAACGGGAGAUCCAUAUGUUACCGAGUAUCGAUGCCGCAGUAAGACUGGCGAAUGGAGGUGGAUGUUGGGGCGUGCUCUUCCGCUGCGGAAUAAAGAGACGGGGGAAGUCGAAAAGUGGUUUGGAACGUGUACGGACGUGAACGAGGGCAUCGAGGCCAAACUGACUGCCAGAAGGACACGGCAACAGCUCCUGAGCGUCCUUGCGCACUCCCAGGUCACGAUAUUCACAGUCGACACCAAUCGCAAACUUACUAUGCUUGAGGGUGCUUUGAUAUGGGAUAGCAAUGGGGAAGAAAGCACUUCGAACAACUCCAGCUGGUUUAUUGGCCAGGACAUGUACACUGUUUUCAACCGUCUCAAUACACAACUCAAAGCCGGCGAGCGCCCGAAAUUCCUUCGACCCAUCGAAGACAUCUUGGCAGGCGGGAAGACGGAGGAGGUGGCAGAACACGGCAUAGACGGCCGAUGGUACAGGACCAGAUUUCUCCCAAUUUUCGGUAAGAAGACCAAGGAAGGCAUCGCCAGCAACGAGGCUUGCAUCGAAGGUGUUAUUGGUGUCAUCAUGGACGUCACUGAGCUGAAAGAGAAGGCCGAGGACUUGGAGGAGGAAUCUCGAGAGAAGAAGCAGGCCAUCGCAAAUGAGGCAGCUGCCAAGGAGGCCAACAGGCUAAAGAGCCAAUUCCUCGCCAAUAUGUCUCACGAAAUCCGCACACCUAUCACCGGUGUAAUCGGAAUGGCCGAACUGCUCCGUGACAUGGCACUUGAUUCAGAGCAAAUGGAAUAUGUGGAAAACAUUCAAAGAUCUGCGAACGCUUUAUUGACUGUCAUAAAUGAUAUUCUUGACUUCUCCAAAGUCGAAUCAGGUCGUCUCGAUAUCGAGGAGGUUCAAUUCUCUCUGUCAGUCAUUGUGACGGACGUCAGGAAGAUGCUCAGCUUCGCCGCCGAACGGAAAAAUCUUGAUUUCAAAUCUGAUAUCUCAAGAGACAUCGAGAAUGAUUUGGUGGUUAUCGGAGAUCCAGGUCGUGUCCGCCAGAUCAUUACGAACCUGCUUACGAACAGUAUCAAGUUCACCAAUCAAGGCUAUGUAAAAUUCUCGGUUCAAAAAGAGAAAGAGACAGCAGACACUAUCGUCGUCAAGUUCAUCGUCGAGGAUAGUGGCAUCGGUAUCGAGGAGGAAGUACGGAAAAAGCUUUUUCAACCGUUCAGCCAAGGAGACGCAUCCACAGCACGGAAGUUCGGUGGAACAGGCCUUGGCUUGACCAUUUGUAAGAACUUGCUUGACCUCAUGCAUGGCGACAUGACACUGGAGUCAUCUCUCGGCAACGGAACCGUCGCAACGUUCUGGGUACCUUUCAACAAACCUCAAGGUCGACAAGGCGGCGGUCCGAUAGUGGAGAUUGAUUCCCUUCCAGACCGAUUGCAGUCUGAGAUGAGCGUCUCCUGCAACAGUUCAGAGUUUGAACAGCUGAUCAACACACCGCCUCCGUCUGGCGAAUCUUCGCAGUUUCUUAACGACAAGCACAAAUCACCGUCCCGAAAAUUGUCUGUUCGGACACCGCCGGCUUCAGAAGAGGAACUGUUACCGCACUCGGAACGUGUCAAGAUCCAUGUGUUAGUGGUGGAGGACAAUGCUAUUAACCAGCAGAUUGCCACCAAGACCAUUAUGAAGCUUGGCUUUACUGUAACGGCAGCUUGGAACGGCAAAGAGGCUCUUGAGUACAUGGCGGCAGCGCAAGAAGGCAAACACGCGAAGCCGGACAUCAUCCUCAUGGACGUACAAAUGCCUGUCAUUGACGGCUACAAGUGCACACACUUAUUGCGUCACCAUGUGCCCUAUAAGGCGUACGUGCGGGACAUACCCAUCGUAGCGAUGACGGCCUCGGCAAUUCAGGGGGAUAAAGAGAAGUGUACCAAGGCAGGUAUGGACGACUAUCUCGCCAAACCAGUCAAGAGCAAGACGCUAGAAAGGAUGCUGGUGAGGUGGAGCCUGGCCAAAAGGACUCAAGCAUCGACGCAGAAGGGUUCGGGCAGCUCUCUUUCCGACUGUUCAGACACCGCUGAACAAUGUAGCAACGCAGACAUCCCAGGUAUUAGGCACGAUCACACCGAGGCUACCGACCGCAUAAGCACUGUCAAACCUGACGCACAGGAAGACCAGGAUCAGGACAAGGAGGAAAAGGGAGAUCCAGUAACACCACGGCCUUUGACCAGGGCUAACUCGUACGAACCAUCGCCAUUUGAUUCGCCGCAUGUGGCGGAGUCCAUCAAGCCUAUUCGUCGUUCAGAAACAGACGAAUUUGCGCUACAGGCCCAAGCCGGGAAACUGAUGGAUGCGGCCGCUGGAGGAAAGAAACUCGACCGACGUGGGGCAUCAUUCCAGACAAAUGUCUCUGGCGACUCAUUAACGGAAGAAAAUGUCGAAAAACUGGAGAAGGAGGAACAGAAUCGGAGAUCUUGA